CUGGGAGAGAGAACUGCUCAGUAAACAGGGAACCGAGAAUGAAGGGUGGGCCCCGGGCUGAUAACGCCACUCUGGCCUGGCAUGGCACCCAAGCCCAAGUCUGGCUGAUGCCUCUCGGGCUUUGCCUGGGAAAGAAGCACAGUACAUGGACCAGGGGUCACAGGACCUGAGAUUAGAUCCUUCCUCCUCUCCUCCCUGUCCCUGUGUGACCUCGGCCUCAGGGGACUCAACAGCUGCGUGCAGCCUCCUGAUGGGAGCCGGCAGCCUGGGAUCAGGGGACCCCCUCCAUCUCCACCUCUCACUUCCAGCUGGGACCCAGGACCCCGAGAUGUCGUCCAACAUCACCCUGUGCCCCGUCUUGGAGUACAUGACUAACAUCACGGGCCACACCAGCUCCAACGGGCGCUACAUCGACUACGCCUCCGUGACCCUGCACGGGCUGGUGUCUCUGCUGGGCAUGGUGGAGAACGCCGUCAUCCUCUUCGUGGUCGGCUGCCGCAUGCGCCAGACGGUGGUCACCACCUGGGUGCUGCACCUGGCCCUGUCGGACCUGCUGGCCACGGCGAGCUUGCCCUUCUUCACCUACUUCCUGGCCGUGGGCCACUCGUGGAAGCUAGGCACCACCUUCUGCAAGGUGCACUCGUCCAUCUUCUUCCUGAACAUGUUUGCUAGCGGUUUCCUGCUCAGUGCCAUCAGCCUGGAUCGCUGCCUGCAGGUGGUGAAGCCCAUCUGGGCCCAGAACCACCGCACAGUGGCCGCGGCCCGCAAGGUCUGCCUGGUACUGUGGGGCCUGGCCCUGCUCAACACCAUCCCCUACUUCCUGUUCCGUGACACCAUCACACGGCGGGAUAAUCGGAUCAUGUGCUACUACAAUCUCCUGCUCCAUAACCCCGGGACAGACAGGGAUGCCGCCUGUGGUCGCCGCCAAACGGCCCUGGCGGUCAGCAAGUUCUUGCUGGCUUUCGUCAUCCCCCUGGGCAUCAUUGGCACCUGCUACGUGGCCGUGAGCCUGCAGCUACGCCACCGCUGCCGCCAGCACCCCAGCCGCUUUGUACGCCUGGUGAUGGCGGUCAUCGCCGCGUUUGUCCUCUGCUGGCUGCCCUACCACAUCUUCAGUCUGAUGGAGGUCCAGGCCCACUAUGACCCCAGUCUGCGCCCGAUGGUGCAGGUGGCCCUGCCCUUCGUGACCAGCCUGGCCUUCAUCAACAGCGUGGUCAACCCCUUCCUCUACGUGUUCACCUGCCCGGACGUGCUGAAGAAGCUGCGCCACUCCCUGCGCUGCGUGCUCGAGAGCAUGCUGGUGGAGGACACCGAGUUCGGCUGCGGCAGCCGCAGGCGCCGCAGCUCCCAAGCGGCCUCCUUGUCUAGAUCCUCCUCCACUUCCAGCUCCCCGGGCUUCCGCAGCCGCUGGCUCACCUGGGUGGGGGUCAAGGUGGCCGGACAGCCAGGCAAGGCCCCAGCCCCAGCUGAGCUGCAGGAGGAGGUUUCCUUGAAAUGAGGCUGCCGGCUGGGGUAUGGGACACGCCUCCUCCUCCAAACAGAACACCCCACCGUUCCAGGGGCCAGGUGCUGCCCAUUCCCUGUCUCUCACAGCACACAAAUCCCGCUGGGAAUAGUCACUUGUUAAGCCACAGGAUCAAACAUUUACAAGUGGAGGAGGCCUUGGAGAUCAGCUAAAUCCAAACCCAUUGUUUUAGAGACAACCGAGAUCAACCCCAUUUUAGAGAUGGGGAAA